CACAAUCAACGAAGAGUUUCCGAGGUUCGGGCCAAGGUUAUGCAGGUUAUGCUCGUGCACAAUGCAUCAUAAUACAUUUAAACACUGCAACACUUUCUCUGUGAACUGACGAUUACAGGCAGAUGACAGAACAUUUUAUGGUAUAGGUGAGAAUUUUGAUAUAAUGAGGUAAAUCUGGUGUUUUGGAAAUCAUCGUGUCAUUGCCGCAAGGUCAGACCGGUCAGACCCUCCAUGUGCGAGAACAUCAAGCUGCAUCCAGUUGUGGUAUCUCGCUCUUGUAGUGCGUGCUUAGAGUAAGUGUCUCGUUUCAGUGCUGUCGGUGUCAGGUGCUACGUCGCUAUACAAGAUUAUUAACGCUGACUUAACUUUACAUAAUAAACAUUUCUCGUAAUACCACACACAAACGACCUUCUGGUUUAUAUUGUUGGAAGACGUAAAAAAUGUUUCGUACAGUGUUAAGAAACUGUGCAAUCAAGCUCGAAAGAACAUUUUGUGCAUCAGUUUUACCCGCACCAAACAGAAAUCCAGAAAUCCUGUAUACUGGGAUCUUCAUCAACAAUGAAUGGCAUAAGUCAUCAUCAGGCAAGACAUUCAAGACCUUGGAUCCGGCAACAGGUGAAGUUAUUACAGAAGUACAAGAAGGGGACAAGGAAGAUAUUGAUGUUGCUGUGAAGGCAGCAACUGAAGCGUUUAGGCUUGGCAGCCCAUGGCGACGUAUGGAUGCAUCACGUCGAGGAGACCUGCUCCUUCGGCUAGCUGACCUACUGGAUCGGGAUAGAGUUUAUCUGGCAAGUCUGGAAACUCUGGACAAUGGUAAGCCAUACACUGCAGCUUAUGCUUUUGAUGUACCAGCAGCUUCAAAAGUACUGCGUUACUUUGCUGGCUGGGCAGACAAGAACCAUGGUAAGACAAUUCCAGUGGAUGGUGAUUACUUCUGUUACACCCGGCAUGAGCCUGUUGGUGUCUGUGGUCAGAUCAUUCCAUGGAACUUCCCAAUCCUCAUGGCUGCAUGGAAACUUGCUCCUGCUCUGGCAACUGGGAAUGUUCUUAUUCUUAAGCCAGCAGAACAGACACCUUUGACAGCUCUGUACCUUGCCCAUCUUGUCAAAGAAGCUGGAUUUCCAGCAGGAGUUGUGAAUGUUGUGCCAGGUUAUGGUCGAGCAGGAGCUGCUUUGGUUCAGCAUCAUGGCGUGGAUAAGGUGGCAUUCACAGGAUCCACUGAGGUUGGAAAAUUAAUUCAGCAAGGCGCUGGUGAGAGUAACUUGAAGCGCAUCACUUUGGAACUUGGUGGGAAGUCUCCUAAUAUAAUUCUCAGUGAUGCAGAUCUUGAUUAUGCAGUAGAGCAAGCACAUUUUGGACUGUUCUUCAACAUGGGACAAUGCUGCUGUGCAGGCUCCCGUACUUUUGUUGAAGACAGUAUCUAUGAUAACUUUGUAGAGAGAAGUGCUGCUCUAGCUAAGACUAGAACGAUUGGCAACCCAUUUGACCACUCAGUAGAACAAGGGCCACAGGUGGAUGAGGAACAGAUGACCAAGAUUCUUCAUUUGAUUGACUCUGGGAAAAAGCAAGGAGCUAAGCUAGUGGCUGGAGGCAGUCGCCAUGGAGAUAAAGGGUACUUUGUCCAGCCCACAGUGUUUGCCGAUGUUAAGGAUGACAUGACCAUAGCUAAAGAGGAGAUCUUUGGACCAGUACAGCAAAUACUGAGAUUCAAAACGCUUGAUGAGAUCAUUGAAAGGGCAAACAACACAGAAUAUGGUCUUGCAGCUGCUGUAUUUACUAAGGACAUAGACAAGGCAAUACAUCUGGUGCAGGGUAUUCGUGCUGGAACUGUUUGGGUGAACUGCUAUAAUGUACUCGGCUCCCAGACUCCGUUUGGUGGAUUCAAGAUGUCAGGAAAUGGACGUGAGUUGGGAGAAUAUGGAUUGGAGGCUUACACUGAAGUGAAGAGUGUCAUUGUCAAGAUUCCACAGAAAAACAGUUAAACAUUGAAAUUUACAAUGAUUAAAUACAAUUAAAUUGAUAAACAAAUGCUGCAGUUAGUGCCAUAUUCAGUAUAAUCAAAUGCAUCAAAUUUGUAUUUCAUGCCAUACUUCAUAUACAUUGACAUUAUAAGGUUUCAUACUUCUGCUAGGAGCACAGCUGUCUGUAUGGCAGAACAUGGAACUUGUACUGAUGUAAGUUUUGUGGAAAGAAAUAUGAAUUUCUGCCAUGUUCAGGAUGUGUGUAAGUAUCCCAACAUUUGUUACUGUUGUAAAAUACGCUCAAAUCAACAUAUCUCAUAUUUCUUCUCAGUAAAAAGAAAAUACCAGUAUAUUGAUAACAAAAUGUAAUGUGAUGUCCUUUUUGUACGUUUUAUGUGGUUCUUGAGGGUUUUGUAAGAAGAUGGAGCACAGAAGUGAUAGACAGUCUUUACAGGAGCAAAAUGUCACGUACUGACUAGAAGGACAUGCUAAAGGGAAGUAAUGUUUAUCUAUAUUACUUAAUAAUAUUAAUUGCAAAUAACAAAGAGCAGAAGUUGAAUGUAAUAUUUUGACAAAUACAGUAUGUUUUAGCAAUACAGAACAGCUUCAGCUUAGCUCAAACAUAUCUCAGGGUGCUUGAAACCAGUCAAUAAAAAAUAUUCUAAAGAUUAUUUUCUAAGGUUAUUUAGUUGAAUGAUGUUAAAUAUUUGUAUAACAAGAAGUGUAUGUUUGAAAAAUAAAUCUCUGUAAUAGAAAAUAAAAUUGUAUCAUUGAUGUGAAAGUUUUAAGCAAUUAAAAUAUGAGCUAUUUGCAAGACA